GGUGGGGAGACGGCCGAGAUGGUGGAGGAAGGAGAGGAGGAAGAAGAGGAGGGGGAGAGCGGGGAGAUGCCGGCGGGCGCUGUGCAGCGCUGCAACGGGUUCCUCCCCGGCAAGGAGGCGGCGGGGAGCGGGGAGCGGGCGGCGGAGGCGCGGGAGGCGCGGGCGGUGCGGGAGGAGGGCGAGGCGAUGCUGCCGGAGACGCGCCUAUCGCGGCGGCGCCUGGCGGUGCUGGCUGUGUUCAGCUGCUACUCGCUGGUGAACGCCUUCCAGUGGAUCCAGUACAGCAUCCUCAGCAACGUGUUCUCCGGCUUCUACGGCGUCUCCUUCACGGAGAUAGACUGGCUCUCCAUGGUCUACAUGGUCGCCUACGUGCCGCUCAUCCUGCCGGCCACCUGGCUGCUGGACGCGCGGGGGCUGCGGCUCACGGCGCUGCUGGGCGCGGGGCUCAACGCGCUGGGGGCUUGGACCAAGUGCGCCAGCAUCGCCCCCGGCAGGUACCCCCUCACCCUGGCCGCACAGGCCGUCUGCGCCGUCGCGCAGGUCUUCAUCCUGGGGCUGCCUUCUCGCAUCGCUUCCGUCUGGUUCGGACCCACCGAGGUCUCCACCGCCUGCGCCGUGGCUGUGCUGGGCAACCAGCUUGGCACUGCAAUUGGCUUUUUGUUGCCACCUGUUUUGGUUCCAAAUACACCUAAUGAUAUCAAUUUAAUGGCACAUAACAUCAGCAUCAUGUUCUACGGAACAGCAAUGGUGUCCACACUUUUGUUCUUCUUAACAGGAGUUGUGUUUGAAGAAAAGCCUAAAUACCCUCCUAGUCACUCUCAAGCAGUCCUGCUAGCUGUGCCUCCCGAGGAUUACUCCUACAAGAAGUCGAUUAUCAACUUGUUCAAAAAUAUUCCAUUUGUACUUUUGCUGAUCAGUUAUGGUAUUAUGACUGGGGCAUUUUAUUCUGUCUCCACAUUAUUAAACCAGAUGAUAGUAACUCAUUAUGAGGGAGAAGAAGUGAACGCUGGGAGAAUUGGCUUGACACUGGUGGUGGCAGGAAUGGUGGGUUCGAUUAUUUGUGGUUUGUGGCUGGAUUACACUAAAACAUACAAGCAAACUACUUUGAUUGUCUACAUUCUGUCUUUCAUUGGGUUGCUGGUAUUUACUUUUACCCUGGACCUCGGAUACCUUAUAAUAGUGUUCAUCACUGGAGGAGUACUUGGGUUCUUCAUGACUGGCUAUCUCCCGCUUGGGUUUGAAUUUGCUGUGGAAAUUACAUACCCAGAGUCUGAAGGCACUUCCUCGGGUCUCCUUAAUGCAUCGGCACAGAUAUUUGGAAUUGUCUUUACGCUGGUUCAAGGAAAACUCACAACAGACUACAGUCCUCGUGCAGGAAACCUCUUUCUUUGUGCUUGGAUUUUUGUGGGCAUUAUCUUAACAGCCUUAAUAAAAUCAGAUUUGCGAAGACAUAAUGUGAAUUCGGGGAUUAUGAAUUUGGAUGUUAAAGCUGAAGUCUCAAGACCACGUUUCAGCAGCUUUUCCAAAUUAUCACAAGUACUAGUAGAAAUGAGGCUUCAUUGGAAACUUUUUUUUCUCUGCUCUGAGUUUUUUGAUCAUUUGGAUCAAGGUACCAGUUGACAGUCCUGUAGAACCCGAAAAUACUACAUUAAAAGUUCAGUCAGCUUUAUAAAGCUGAAAGAAGAUGAAACGCACAAGUUUUGUUGGAUGCUGAACAAUAUUCCUUAGUGUAACCACUGGAUUUGUGUGUAUGAGUAGCAAAAUGUGUUCGGUGAUAUUGAUGAUAGUUGUGCGAUGGAAACUAUGAAGAUGCUUGGUUCAUUUUGCCCAAAGAGCAAACAAUUCACCUUUGUAUGGAAUAUUUAUUUUAACAGUUUUGAAGUUCUGCAGUUUCAUUAGUGAGGAACUGUAUGAAUAGUCCCCACACUAGGGAGACAUGUACAUUCAGGAUGCUAACUUGGUAAAAAAGCUGGAAUCCUGAAGUACAGUCAUCGUGAUCAGAAGUAUCAAAUCUUUUAUUGUUCAGUUUUUGCUAGUGCAUUUGAGAAUCAGAGAGUAGGUAGCUGCACAACUGGAGGUUGUUCACAAGUUCUUUUUUUAAAAUGUAUCUAUAGUUUUAAUAUAGUUCAACGGUUCCUUCUGGGAUACUGUCUAUAGCACAAUACUGAAAACAAGAGAUGACUGCAAACAUGUUUCAUACUGGCAUCUGACAGUUCUUUUGCCUUGAAACUUCUUGAUAGAUAUCAGAAGGCAGAUAAGAGAAAACACUAUCUUAUAGAUUUAUUUUAACAUUUCUGUGGAGCUUUAAAGUUUCCCACUAGAUAAAGAGAUGUAAAAACAUUUUUUAUUAAAUACAGUAAAAAAGAGGAGAAAGGCCUUUGAUAUCUUUACUGUGAAGUAGUUAUAGGCGAUGGAACGCUAUCACACAGGUUGCCUCCAUGGAAUAUUUUGAGUGCUUUCUCAGUUAAAGUGAGAGGCGUAUGUGUUUACAAAGAGCUGGUGCCUUUACUUUGUAAAGAAGAUCCUUGCCUCAUCUUGAGUUAAAGCAGUGCUGCUAAAGAAAUUCCAUUUUAUGUAUUAAACCUCUGAAUAUUUGUGGAGUAUCCGAAAA